UUUUAUUAUUUUUAUUUUUAUUUUCUCCAUAUGUGCCAAUUGUAUAUGCUACGCUGAAGCUACAUAACGGCAUACCCUUGCCGCCUUCUUAACCAAGGUAAGUUAAAACCAAAACUAUACAACGAAACUUCAAAUAAUAAUGAACUGUCAUUUAGACUGAUGUUAUAUUACUCUAUAUAUGCUCCAAUGAUUUUUUUAAAUUUUAAUUACAUUAUUUAAUUGCAGUCUGUUAAACUCGGUUAAACUACAUAUUGUCGGCGAUUGCAGCAAUUUUGCCGCGAAACAGCAUAAUGUUAUUUAUUGCCCUUUAUUACCAACAUUUUGAAGCAAAUCAACCUGAAUUUAUAUUUUAAGAUAACUUUGCUUCUGAUUCGUUUAUUUGGAUGUCACUUCGAUUAAUUUAUAGGUUAACGUAAGUAAGCUAGCUGAGUUACAUGUGACGUUACUGGUAUCCACAAAGUUCUUGCCAUACAUGCUGUAUUAAUGAUGGCUUGCAUAAUGUUAGUCAUAAUUAUUAUCGCCGGGAUUUAUUGGUGUUUUUCAGUUCAGAUGUACCAGUGUACCGCAACUGACAGCACUGUGUGUGAUUAUUGUCAUAAUGACUGUGGAGAAAGAAAGGUACUACUGUGUUUCUUACAACAUGCAUAUUUCUUUCAGUAAAUCAGUAAUGGCAGCGAGUGAGACCUCUACCAAAGCUGCUCCACUCCGGAUAAACCAUGACCAAAACAAAGUUUGAAGGAGAAUGUCCCCUGUGCAACCGGAUGCUGAAAGGUGUGGCCAAGCACCUUAAGCUUAGGCAAAGGGUCAAUAACCCUGAAGAGAGGACCCUGCCCCCUUCGCGGCCGAAGCACUACUAUCAUCGGCUAGAGAGGCACUUGGCCGGGCACAGGGAGCUCACAGCUGCAAGCCUCCAGAGCGGAGGGACAGGAAAAAGGUGGAAGUGCUCUGCGGUCCUCUCUUUCCUCGAGCCCUUCGUCACCCCGAGGGAGACAAGUGGCAACAUGGUGCGGGGGGACGAGGAUGAGGAUGAGGGAGCAGCAGUUGAGGGAGCCGCAGGUGAGGACCAGGCGUCAGGAGCAGCAGCAGCAGCAGGGAGUGACAUGAGAGGUCAUAAGGAGCUCACAGCAGCACGCCUCAAGAGAGUGGUGAGGACAGCCAAGAGGCGUGCUGCUCUGGAGUGGCUGAGGGACCUGAGAGCCAGCACCCCCAACCCCCCAAUGGUGUCCCUCUUGGACGUGGAGCAGGAGGAGAGAGGGGAGGAUGAUCUUGUCUCCCAGCUUGCUGCCUGCAGGAGGAGGGUGCAGGAGCUGGAGAAGGAGAACCAGGAGCUCCAUGCCUCCAAUGCCGCCCUCCGUAGCCACUAUAACUGA